AGAUUAAGAUGAGGCAUAUAUAAUGUAUGUUACACACAUUGUAGAAGACACAUUUGCUAGUCGAAUAUGAUUCUGUUAGCAUUGACUUUAGUAUUAGUAGCAUUGCUCUAUAUUUAUUUUGUUUUAUCGCAUCGAUAUUGGAAAAAGAAAGGAAUUCAACAUGUGGAACCGACGCCUAUCAUCGGAAGUCUUUACGAAAACAUGACUAGAAGCAAAUCUUUAGCAGAUGUGAUUGAAAGUUUCUACAAACAGUUGAAGCAGUAUAGAUAUUCUGGAUUAUACAAUUUGACAACACCAAUUUUGCUAGUCAAUGACUUAGAUUUGAUUAAAACCAUAACCAUCAAGGACUUUGAUUAUUUUACUGACCAUAUGAACCAUGCAAAGGAAGAAGUCGACCCUUUGUGGAGCAGAAAUAUUUUUGCUAUGAUUGGAGAACCUUGGCGCGUUAUGAGAUCAGCACUAAGUCCAGCAUUUACUAGCAGCAAAAUGCGUUAUAUGUUCAAUCUGAUUAACGAUUCUGCCGAACAUUUUGCAGAAUUUUACUUGAAACAGAAUAAAGAUAUAAUUUCGUUAGAAAUGAAGGAUGCUUACACAAGAGCAACUAAUGAUAUUAUAGCAAGUUGCGCCUUCGGAAUACAGUGCGAUUCCUUGAAUGAUCGUCAAAAUGAUUUCUAUGUGAAAGCUCGAAAAGCAUUCGAUUUUAGUGGAAUUCGUCAAUACAUAUUCUUUUUGUACAACUCGUGUCCUAAAUUAAUGAAGAUGUUGGGCAUUAAAAUAUUUUCCGAUGAAAUGGGCAACUUCUUCAGAGGUGUCAUCAAUGAAACCAUUGAUGUGCGCGAGACAAACGGAAUCGUUAGACCUGAUAUGAUUCAUUUACUCCUGGAAGCGAGGAAGGGGAAAUUGCAGAAAGAUACGAGCGCAAUGGAAGAUUCCUUUGCUGCAACUGAAGAAUACAAUUUAAAUAGGAAGACAACCAACAUUCAAAUUAGCAAUGAAGAUAUUACAGCUCAAGCAUUAAUUUUUUUCUUUGGUGGCUUCGAUACAACUUCAUAUCUCAUGUGUUUCUUAGCUUACGAACUAGCUGUUAAUCCAGACAUCCAAGAUAAGUUGAGGCAAGAAAUUCAAGAUACUUUGGAAGACUGUAAUGGCAAAGUUACUUACGAAGCUUUGAUGAAAAUGAAGUAUUUGGAUAUGAUAAUAUCUGAGGUUUUACGAAAAUGGCCACCUGCGCCUGUACUUGAUAGGAUAUGCACGAAAGAUUAUACUAUUAAAGCUACCAGAAGCUAUGAGCAAGAUCUCCAGAUAAAGAAAAAGGAUAUUAUAUGGAUUCCAAUAUUUGGAAUUCACAGAGAUCCUGAGUUUUAUCCUAAUCCAGAGUUAUUUGAUCCAGAAAGGUUUAGUCCAGAGAAUCGUAGGAAUAUCAACGCUUCUGCUUAUUUACCGUUCGGAAGUGGUCCUAGAAACUGCAUUGGAUCAAGAUUUGCAAUUAUGGAAAAUAAAACUAUUAUAUUCCAAUUAUUGAGAAGAUUCAGUAUCGUUCCAACAGAGAAAACUGAUAUUCCUCUGAAAAUAUGUCCACAGCAAUUGAAUGUUACUGCUAAGAAUGGAUUUUGGCUUGGACUUAAACGGUUAUAAACUGUAUACAUUUUAAUUAAUCAUAUAGUUCUGUUUUUUAAUUGCAUUUAUUUUGUAAAAUCUUCAUAAUAAUACAAAAAAGGAUAAACUGACUAGCUUCCUAGAAAAUAGUAAGUACUUUGUAGUAACUACUUAGUGUUACAUACUUUCAGAUUAUAUAAUACAGUUAUAACUAGUAAGAUGAUUGCACUUAGCUACCAUCCAUUACUUGUUAAUGUAAAAUAAUUGUAU